GUUAAGACUAUCAGGCAAAAUGGAUUCCCAACCCACAUCGAAAGCUCUGCACAACCGCAUAAACACCAAUAUCUCACAAUUACUCCAGCGAUUCGAGAAUAUCAUGGCAACAGCUACAGUGCGUUUUCACUCUUCCGACGAACCCACCAGCCACACCACGACAGCCGUAGAAACAUACCAGCUCGAUGUAGAGUCGACUGCGUUGGUCCGCGCCGCAGAAGACCUCCUCUCCUUAACCCGUAUAAUGAAAGAGACAUGGUUAUUCGGGAAACUCGAUACACUGGGCGAAGACGAGUCCGAGGUAACGCGCAGAGAGGAGCUAGAGAGGAAUGCGGCAGCGAUUCAGAAGGUCAUUGAGAACAAGGGUGUUCUGAAGCCUGCUAAGCCGUAGCGUAGCGGCUUCCUAUGCUUUACUUUUCUUCUUCAUCUGGUGCGAUGCGAUGUACGGAGUAAAUAG